UCAGUCGUCGGCCAUGAGGAGAGCAACACCGGCCAAAAUCCACUUCUUGGGGUCCUCGUCGGGGUCCAUCCUGACGCACGACGGCACACCAGAGACACACAUGAGACACAGCGGGCAAUGGAUCUCGCGGUGAAGCAUACAUACCUGAGGUUUGCGGUUGUGACAUAGGUGGGUCCUCUCAUGGACGUCACAUACAGGGGGCAGCGGUACAUGCUGUCCCACGACAUCUCCUGCACACACACACACAGAGAGAGAGAGAGAGAGACACGAAGGGAAGACAACUCGAGACCUCCCCUUGUUUGUGUUUUGUGUGUGAGAGACCUUGUUGGUGACGGCGAAGACAUGGAUGACGGGCAUGAGUGGGUGCAGUUCCUUGGGCUUGGAAUCGACGAGCUGCCCCUCGGACCCCGACUUGCCGUCCUCCCACGCACAGCCCUCCAGGUACAGCCCGUUGAUGUACACGCCCUCCUCGGGGCCCGACGACACCUCGUCCGCUGUCUUCAUCGACGUCACCGUCCAUCUACACACACACAAAUGGAUGUGCAGGUGCACAAAAAUGGGUGGGUGAUAGGGGGAGUGGCCAGCUGUUUUGUCUACAGUGUCUGUCACCCAGGCACCGACCUGAGCGUCAUGUCGUCGAGUGGGAGUCCGUUCUUUCUGGCCGUCACCUGGGUCACGGCCGUCAGGAACGACAUCGGGUUGAACAGGCCUGCCACAAAGAGAGAGAGAGACACACACACUCACUCACAUGAGACCUCCCUCCCUGGGUGUGAAAGUGACACGAGAAAGGAUCACCUGAGACCCACAGUGACGGCAGGAGGUCGAGAGCGUCGGUCCACGCCACCAGCUGCUUGACGCGCUCCAGGAGGUCGUUGAACCUUCGUAUCACUCAACACAGACUCGAUACAUGAUCAAGACGGCCUGUGCCUAGCCCACCAUGGGACGAGACUCUUCUUUGAGAAGUAGGCCUUCUUCUCCCAGGUCCCCGGGACUCUGUUGAUGACGAGGCUGUUGGACAACUGCUCCAUCGCCUCGCUGAUGUUGAGCGCGCCCGCCAGACCCAGCUGCAGCUCCGUCAAGCUGAACCGGAUCUCGCCCAGCAACUCUGUAGAUGGAAACGGACUUUCAGAUAAUGCUGGGGUGCGAUACUGCCGCCCUCGUGUGUUUCUUUAUCUGGUCAGGAGCUGACCGUUCAUGCGCUCGGCCUCCUGCAGGGAAACGACAAUGUACGGCGUGAGUUCCUUGACCUUGCUCUUGAUCUCGACGAUGUCGAAGUUGUUGGGCAGCCGCCCCAGGAAGUCCUCAAUCACGCCCUUGACGAUGUCCUCCUUCUUGGUCCCGCCGCCCCCACCGCCACUCCCGCCAGACACGCCCUGAAUGGUGUCGAAGAUCAUCUCACUCUGCUGAGUCAGGUAGCCGAUCUCGGCAUUCGGGUGAAGGCCGAAGAUCUGAUGGAUGCGGAGAGGAGAGAGGAGACAUGGACAGUGCGGAGGGCCUUGGAGGGUGUGUGUGUCUUGUCUACCGGUGGGGACUCGAGAGGGAGCUUCUCUUCGAUGUAUUUGGCGUAUCCGGCGUAGUCGAGUUUGGUCGAGUCGGGAGACUUGAAGUUGGGCCCUGACAAAUGCGACCAAUGUGGUGUAUCCAUGCGUCCAUGCGUCUGGUGUGGGGGGUGUGUACCGAGAUUGAAUGUGCCAGAGAAGAGCUCCGGGACGAUCAGUGUCUCGAGGUAGGUGUUGUUGGUGCGGCGAUCCCAGGCGUCGGUGAUGUGGCCGCCGUACAUGAUCUCGCCGAAAAUGUAACGGAUGUCCUCAUACGGCACCUGGUCAUACCUGCGAACACACAGAUCGACAGCAGAGACACAUCCCAUGAACGACUCGAGCUGCCUCUCUCCCCAUCUCUCUCUAUCUGUAUGACUUUUCAAGGUAGUUUCUGAGCACAUCUCCGCAGAUGGUGAGGUCGCCAUCGUUGAACUGGUAUGGCCGCGACCAGCCCCAAGUGCCGAACUUCUUGCGUCCCAAAAUGAGGGAGUGGAAGAAGCACAGGGCGAACAGCAUCGCCUUGAACUCCUUGGGCUUCGACACCGUCUCGAGUUGGGACUGAACAGACACAAAAUGGCAGCAUAGGUGUGCGUGUGCAUCAGGCAGGGAUGCUGGAUGGCGCCCUUACUGGUGUGAAUUUGGAGAACGCUCUUCGGAGGUUGGCCUUGAGGUCCUGCGGUGCCUCGUCGGCUAUCUUGAUGCACUUCUGGAGGAUGCUCUCUGGGAUGAUCUUCAUGUCGGACAUGGCGGGGGGCUCUGACGAAACGAUGCACCUGAACUCUGGCACACAGUAUUCCGUCACCAGCUCCAGGGACCGCUCGAAACUCUGACCACACAAGAGAAGGAGACACAUACAAAUGACAUCACCCGCGCAGGCCAUUGAUGUGCUCAUCACCUUCAGCCAUGACUGCAUGAGGUGGACGUUCUGUAGCAUGACCCAGCCCCCCUCCUUGGCGGCCUUCUCGAGCGCAUGCACGGCCACCUUCUCCUGCCCCUGGCCCAUACUGAUGUUGACGAACUUGCCGUUGGCCUCGGUGCAGCCGACCGACUUGGCUGUCUUCUCGACAGCCGGGGUGGGGUCCACACCGGGGAAGAGCACGAAAAACAUGGGGGUGUAGCAGUCGGUCUCCUUGUACGUGGCCUCGAUGUCGAAAGGCUGCUGCUCGAUGUAGUGGGCGCCCAUGGCCUGGUACACGAACUCCUUCAGAGCAGACAUCAGGCGGUCCGGCCGGAGGGCCCGCAGGAGGAGUAACCUGUGGAAGUCUCCCAGGCCUCGGAAGGAGCGGGGCAGCUCCGUCACCUCUGCCUUCUCCUCUGAGUACCACCUGGCACAGACAAACAGACAAGCGCGUGCAUGGAGAGGAAAGGUGAAUAUCCUGUCCAUGUGCGUGGUGCGUGCUGACUUUCUCCAUCCGAGCGAGUCUUGCUCGAGGUUCUGGAGCAGUGCGGCGUUGUUGUUCUUGAAAGCGGACAGCUGCUCGAGGGUCUUGCAGCACCCCCACAUGCCCUCGGUCAUCCAGGUCUUGCAGUUCUCGGGCAUGGGAGGGGCGCUCGGGUCGGGCUUGUUCUGGACCAGCAUCGUCACCUCCAGCUCGUCUACCUUGCCCUGCCGCACAAGAAUCCUGAACGUCAGCAUUGUCGCGAUGAUCAACUUGUGACGCUCGAAUGAUCCUAUUGACGAGACACAGACGGCAAUCCAUAUGUUGUUGUCAGCUUUGCUGAUCAGUCACCUCUUCUGCAGUAGGAGAAGACGAAUUUGGUGAUGACGUCCAGGAGGGUAUCGACUCGUGCCGACAGCUCCUUCCCAGUGAGCUCAACCACCUCUUCCUCAGGCGGAGGCGGCUGAAGUGCCGAGAGCCAAUACAUGACAACAAAUGUGACCGCACCCCUGCGUGAACUUUCGGUUUUUGUUCCCUCACUCUCUCUCUCACCGGGGACGAGCUGCUCGCUCUCGGCGCUUCCUCUUCUUCCUGUUGCUCGGCAGGCGCCUCAGCUUCGCCCUCAGGCUUCUCUCCCUCCUCGUCACCCUUUUCGCCCUCCUCCUUGGCGCCUUCUCCCGCACCCUCCCCGCCCUCACCCUCGCCCUCGCCCUCCUUCUGUUCCUCCUCUUCCGCUUUGGGCGCUUCGGCGGCUUUUGGCGGCUCCUUAGGCUCUUCGGGUGCGGCAGGGAUGGGCUGUGGCGAUGCGGCACGGCUGGCCUCGGUGUCUGGCUCCUUCUUCUUGAUGAGGGCGACCGAGUCGAUGGCGCGGUUGACCACCACAACAAAGGCCUCCAGAGAAUACAUGUAGAACGAAUGCAUCUUGAACAACUCGCCUGAUGACAGAGACAGGCAAUGGUGCCGUGAUAUAUGUAUGCAGCGGCUCUCUUUGCUUACCGAGAAGGAAGAAGAGGAGCGAGCCUCUGGCAGCGGCAGGGCGAUAGUUCUCGGACGCUUCGUUGAUCUUCUGCUCGGUCUCCUUUGCGAUGGCGACCUUCUCGGCGACCUCCACAGAGAUGCGCUUGGUGGUCUCGAGAUUCUCAAUCAGCUCAACGUCCUCCAAUAUGUCACCCUGACAAGCAAGGCAUGAACGCGUGAUCGAUGUGCAUGAAGGGUUUGGCAAUCGUACUUGUGCGUUGGUGAGCUUCUCGAGCAGCGAUGCCUCUAGCUCAGCGAGUUUGAUUUUGAAUUCAUUCUGCUGCUGGAUGAGCUCAACCUUCUGCCUGGCCAGAUCGGGCCGCUCCUUCUUGACCACAAGCGCCAGCAGCUGGUCCUCCAGACCCUGUUCCGUCACCGUGAAGUUGAUGAUCGUCGUCUCUGCCUGUAUCUCUGGCGGGUAGUGAGGGUUCGAGAGUUUGGUGUGGAGGAAGAGCUUGAAGUCGGGCGAGUAGGCGAUUUCCUUGUCGCCCAGCUUGAUGUACUUGGACCUCCCUCUCUUGAUGGUCUGUCUGCCCACCACCGGCGCGAGCACGGCGUCAAUGGUCUCGUCCAUGUUUUCGAUGAGGACGCUCUCGCCCUGGUCGAGAGCGCGCUCCAUGGUCUGGAUCAUCUUGGGGUUGCCCAUGCGGGUGACCUGCAGCUUGUGGUCCUUCUCCUUCUCCUUGAUCCACGUGACGCCCUGCAGCUGCGGGUCGAUGAUCAAAGACCAACGCUCGCUGUUGGUCAUUAUCGCGCCGUUCUCAACAGACACCUGCACCAAUGAGAGAGAGACAUCGUGUCUCUCUUUCCUGCGUGUCGCUGUUGUGUGUGUUGGCUGGGCACAUAACAUACCCUGUCUGAUGGCAGUCCCUGUGUGUUCCAUCUGGCCACUUCGGCGUCGUCAGUGAGGACGCUCAGCGGGUUGGGCGACUCCCCAAGAGGGAUGUUCUUGUCCUUCAGGAACCCAAGGAACUUGACGUUUAUCAGGUCGUCGCGGUACCUGACCAUACACACAGAGAGAGGCACACAUUGCGUACCUACCAUUCCAGCACAGAGCUAUGGCUUCGCUGACUUCUUUGUGAAGACGCCGACAUAAGAGACGAAGGCGCUGGCAAGAAGGACCUCGCCAGCCAUCACGUGCAGCUGCGCAAGCAACACACACACAGGCACAUCAGCAAUGAUGACAAAGACAAAGACGAGCACAACCUCAUCGAUGGUGUGUCUGUACCUGGUUUGUCAGGUUCUCGAUGGACGCCUGCCACCGGACGUUCUCGCUGCCGAGAGCAUUCACGAGUCGCUGUGCGAGGCUCAGCUUCCGCUCGCACUUCUCGGCCUCGGCCACCACCGCGUUCUUCUCGGCAAUGGCGGCAUCAUACUCCGACACCAGCUUGGCGAGUUUGGCCUCCAGGUCAGCUACGAGCGCCUGCACGUCUGCGAGUUUGGCGUUGGCGGCCGCGAGUUUGUCGGUGGCCUCCUUGAGUGCGUUUCUCUUGGGUUCGACCUCCUUCACGACGGAGUAGUACAUGUAGAUGUUGAUGACCCAGUCGGCCAGACCGGCGGCUGCCUUGGACUUCUUGAGAAUGGCCUCCUUGUUGAAGUGCUCCAGCUUCAGCAAUGGCUCCACCGCCUGAAUGAAUAAAGGAGACACACACAACGGGGUUGCAUUCACAAGCGACUUUUCUCUGUGCUGUGUGUGGUUUGACCUUGAAGUUCUGUUCUGGGACUCUCUGGUCGUCGAUGACCUGUUUGAACUCCUUAAGGUUCUGCAUGAACUUCUCGGGGUUGUUCAUCAUCUUCUGCGCCGACUUCCACGACUUGUCCUUGACGCGACCCUGCUUGUCAACAUCCACCGUGGGGUCGAUGGUCGCCAUCAGGUGCAUCACGGCGGCAGUGAUGUCGUCCACACCCGCUGGCGGCUUGCUCAAGGCCUUGGCCUCUUGGAAAUCCUUCUUGUCCAACGUGUCAAGAGCCGCCUCAGCCUGAUCAGACAGCAGACAGACGAGCACCUGAUAGUACACAUGGUCCCAAUGGCGAGCGAUUUACCUGUUCGACAAGGGGAAUGGCCUUUGCGAGGUCGGCUUCGCAGCUGGCCUGCUGCUCCGAGACGUCCUUCUGGAUCUGCGCGCAUGUCUCUGCCUCGACGUUGGCCUUGUCGCUCUCGGCGGUGACCUUCUCCUUCUCCCUUCCAACCUCCUCGGCGAAUGCGUCGGCCGCGACCUUCUUCUCCUCCACGACAACCUGCUUCUCCUUGAGGUCGGCCUCGAGCCCCGUCACCUUCUCCUGCGUGUCGCGCAGCUUGUCCAGACCAUUGCUCAGACGCUCCUUGCGGCCCUCCACUAUCUGUGUGCAUUCACAUCAAAAAAGGAGAGAUGAUACUUGUCAUAUCUCCCGCUCUCACCUGUAUGUUCUUGUUGAGCAUGGACGUGUAGAGCUUGAUGAGCUCCAGGAAGGACUUGGGCGUCGAGUAGGCGUACCGCUUGUCGACCUCGAGGUAGGUCUGGGCCGCGGAGUUGACCUGAUAGAAGGAGAACGGCAUGAACUCGAUGAUGCCGUCCCGCACGGCGGGGUUCUCGCCGAGCGGCAGGGGCUCGAGGAACUUCUUGGCCACCGACCAGAGGGCCUCCUUGGGCCACGGCUGGAACCAAUCGAUCACCGUGCAGUUGACCAACGCCGGGAACUUGCGCGCACGCCCUCUGCAAACCACACACGCACCAUCAGCAACAUCGGGGUGUGUGUGGACGGCUUGCGUGAGUGACCUGAGUGAGUCGCCGACGGGCGAGAAGCAGAGUGCCAUGUGUAGGUUCUUCUUGAUGCGGCCGAUGAAGAAGUUCCAGCAAUUCUCGCGGGUGUCCGUCAGACCGGCAGACUUUGUGGCUACACAACGCAAUGCCCACAUAUGCACAUGUGUCUCCCCCCUCCCUCCCUCCCGCCCUCCCACUGCUCACCGGAUCGCACAGCAUUGACGAUUUGGUCUUUGUCUUCGUUAGCGUACAGGUCAGCGAUGUCGCCGCUGCUGAGCAGAUCGUUGAUGUAGACCAGGAACUUGGGGUUGGUGAUCUGGCUCUCGUUGAAGAGGAAGAGGACGCCCUCAUCCUUGAUGCCGGCCUUCUGGUACAUGGCCUGCAGGUCCGUCUUGAGGUCCGAGAUGCCGUAGGUUGAGGAGAUGGUGAUCUGGCUGGUGGUGUAGGACGAGAUGAAAGAGGCCAGCCGUGAGAGGGACUGCUUGCCGCUGCCGCCCACGCCCACCAGCAGGGCGUGGCCGCUAGACGAACUGAUGAUGCGGUUGAUGCGGCACACCUGCACACACACAGGGAGAGAGAUCAACCAUGUGUGUUUGUAUCUGUCGAUGUAUGUGUCUAUUCGUCUGACGUGUUUCAUGGCGUCUUCGAAGAGCACCAGGUCCAUGGCCGCGUUGGUGUCAUUGUACUCCUUCAGCCCCUCCUGCAGCAGCUUGCUCAGGUCGUCUAUCGUGGCAACCUUGUCAUAACCUGACAGACAGACAGACAGACAGACACAAACCACAUCCACACCAUGAGCGCACAGGGCUGCUCCCACCCCCACACACAAACACGCACAUUGUUCCUGCAGCCCCUUUGCGAAGUGGCAGAAGACGAGCGGCUCGGGGUUCUUCUCGGCAAAGUACUUGCCGAAGUUGAACUUGGGGAACAUCUUCUUGGAGAAGUCGGCGGCGAUGGCGCGGUACUUGACCAAGUCCUCCACCGAGACCAGCCGGUCGCCGUACGUCCGCUCGCUUUCGUGGAUCCACAACAGCACCAGCUUCUCAGGAUCCUGCACACACACACACACACACACACACACACAGAGGGGGAGAAGGAGUGACGGGCAUCUGGCAAAUGGUGAGCAUGGCAUGGCGUGCCUGGAACUGUGCUGGCUGUGCGGUGAGAAGCCCCCCGAAGACGUUGGUAAGGUGCCUGAUGUUGAACUCGUAGUGGAAGUUGGCCGCCGUCUUGCGGAAGGUGGACACCACACUGGCGUGCACGCUCAGGCCCGCCUUGAUGAUGACGCUCGUCUGCUCCUGCACGGGCUGCCUGAAACCCUUCUUCUCGAAGUGGCCCUUCAUGAAUGUGUUGAAGAUGGUGAACAGGGCGGCCUGCUCGGGGAACGGCACGGCGAGGGUCCAGAAGUGCCGCUGCAGCCUUGGGUUGAUGUAGAAGGAGCCGGCCGUGGGGUUCAUGGCCGCGAGGUACUGGGUGUUGCCGAUGUCCUUCAGAGCCAUCUUGGUGCGGUCGUACCAGUGCUCGUAGUCUGACACACACACAGACAGAGAGAGCGACACAGGAAGUUUGGCUGAUUAUAUGAGAGGGCAUUUGUGUUGUGUGAGGUGCUGACCAGCGUGUUGUCUGAGUAGGGCAAUAGCCGACUGAGUGUUGUAGGGGUCGAGCUGCGGCAUGUUGAGGUCAUCAACGAAGUAUAUCAGACGCAGCCUGACAGGCAAACACAUGGGCAAGAGAGUACCAGCGGGCGAUGUGUGUGUCUGUGUCUGUGUGUUUGUGCCUGUACUGACUUUCCGGGCGGUGCGUAUCUUCUGCCGGCCUUCUUCUCCAGUGGCUGCUCCAUCAUCAGCUGCACACACACAGAGCAAGCACACACCAGACAGAUGCAUAGGCACGCCGCGUGGUGUGUGGGCAGACCUGCAGGAGGGCUGAGUCGGUGUAGAAGUUAAAGUUGAUGGCGAAGGAGGUCAUGUGCUCGGGGUCCAAAGCGCCAAGCAGCCCCUUAAUCAGCUGCGUCUUGCCGCAACCCGCCAAGCCUAUCAGCAUCACCGGCGCAUGCACCUGCACACACACGGACGACCAUUAAGCAUAUUCAGCAGCGGUGGGUGAGUGGGAUGACGUGUGACCUUGACGAAGGCGUUCAUGAAGUAUGUCAUGGCGACGGUCUCGGUGGUGGGGACGGUGACGGCAUUGAUGGGUGUGUCGGAGUCGUACUCGAUCUCCUUGACCAAAUUGCCCCACUCCUCCAGCUUAGACUGACAUCACAAUGACAUCCGACAACCAGCCACACCCACACACCACCUUGAUGCGCCAGUGUACAUGAUGGCUCAUUACUUGGUCGACAUAGUAGUCGAAUACAGUUCCCUUGGAUGGGAAUUUGAUGACUUUCCAUUCGUUCCUCCACCAGUUGCUGAAGCUCUUGCGGUAGUCGACGCCAUCCUUCUCGGCCAGGCACCCGCCGCACGCCCACACCAUGCAGAACACAAACCAGUACUCCAACGCCUCCGGGGCUGGACCCAGCAACGACUCCAGCUACCAACGACACCACAAGAGAUGGUGAAUGUACAUUUGCGUGUGUGUUUUCCUUGCGUAGCGUACCAUGUAGCAGAGCGACAUCAUCAUGGAAAUGUCGACAAGCGGCACCUGGACCUUGCAGCUGCGCCGCACGUACUUGAGCGUCUCGGGCCCGUACUUCUCAAACAGCUUCGAGAGCUGCGUCUUGGUCUCCUCGGGCCACUGCUGCCUCUGCAGCCAGCUGGUGACGUACGACCGCCACUGUGUGCCCUUGGCGUCGCUGAUGUAGAUGAUGCCGGCACGGGAGACGGUGGCGGGGGUGGCGAAGUUGAGGUCGCGGAUCUCGAAGAUCAUCCUCAUGUGGGGCUUCAGGGGGAUGCGCUCGUUGGAGGCGAGGGUGAGGAUCUUGUUGUCGUCCAUCACACUGUUCAUCGACUCGAUCCAAUUCGCAUCCAAAUCACCUGCACACAAGGGACGGACGCAUAGGCGUGUUCUGUCUCUGUGCGUGGGGUUGGCAUACCAUCGAGGAUGAUCCACUUGGGGUUGGUGUCCGGGAUGGUCCCCAGCGACCGCAUCGUCUUGGAGAGCAGCCCAUCCUUCCACUCGCGCGUGGCCAUGUUGACGCACCCAUACAGUUCGUCAGACGUGAUCGACUUGGGGUUGAUGUCCACCCAAGUCGUCUUCUUGCCCGCGUUGUCCUGGCUCUUGCCCAGCAUCUUCCACACAGACGACUUGCCCGCCCCGGCAGCCCCCAUGACAAAGACGCAGUGGCGGAUCUGCAGCAGCUCCUCCAGCUGGAUGAUCUUAAGGACGAAGUCCGGCUCUGGGUUGAGGCCCGACUCGACACACGUCUUCUCCACGACGGCCUCGAACUCCAUGUUUCUCUGCCGGGGCGGGUCGACGCCCGGAAAGAGAUCCGUCAAGAGGCCGGUGAAGAUGACCAGAUCGUCUGCGACGAUCUUGGCGAUGUUGGUAUCGCGCAGCGCCCUCAUCAGCAGGGCCUGCUCCGCAAGGUCGGGCUCCGCACGUUUGAAGGCGCCGGCCACCACCAACACGGACCUGGAAAAAAGUGAAAAAGAAUGACGUAUGUGUGUGUUGGUGUGUGGGGUCUGUCGGCUGACUUGAUGGCUCUGAGACCCCAAUCGUAGUGCUGUGCCUUCGAGAGCAGGUCCCGGCUGAGGGCAUAGAGGCGGGUGAACUUGCGCGCCAGAGACUUGGCCUCGACGAAGCCCUCAGCCAUGAGCAUGUUCUCGCAAAUGAGCUCCAUAUCGGGCACCAUCACCUACAGCACGCACCAGAGCAACCAGCAUCCAUGAGGGCAUAAAGGAGCGAGACAUGGGCGCGACGGCUUACAGUGAUUGGUCUGAAGAGCGCCUUGAGACCCUCGGGCAACUCAGAGCGACCCAAGUAGCCGGGGUUCAUCUGCAGAAGGAGAGAAGUCUUUGUGAUGGCCGACUAUGCUAAUCUGCGUUUCUUCCAUACGGUGAUGAAUGCUCCACAUGUGGGGUCGAGGGCAAUCUCAUCACCCUGCAGCACGAACCGCUUGGCCUUGGCCUUGAUGGCGUCGAUGACGGCCUUGAACUGCACCGAGCACACCGACAGCACCUCGGGCACCAGACGAUUGAACUCAUCGAAGCAGCCCCACGAACCAGACGCCGCCAGGCCCUGCAGAGAGACACAGGGAGGUGUGGAUGGUCAGCCCAGUGCUGUUUUGUUGCUUCUUCUUGCCUUGAAGAUGUUGCCCAUGGAUUGGUAGUCCAUCUGGUCGGAGCAGUUGAACACAUACACAGCCUUGCCCAUCGCCGACGCCAAAUCCUUGGUGCUACGUCGACCAACACAACAGACACAUACACUCAUCCAUCCGUCCACCCCUGUCUGUCGGCGCUUUCGUACGUCUCUGUUUUGCCGGUUCCUGCGGGCCCUGCGGGUGCGCAUCCCAUACACAGGUGGAGAGCUUGUGUGGCCGUCACGUAGAUGCGAUCCGUGAGUGGCGUGACGACCAGCCGCGGCCCGUUGCCGAGGUACUCGUAGCCGUACCAGAAGGCAGCAUCAGCAAUCGUGAUGCGCAUGUCGUCCUCACCUGCAGCCCGCAAUCGUGACACAGCAAGACAUUCUCUCUCUGUCUGCGGAUGUGUGAGGGUGAAUGCCUACCUACCUGUGUUCCAGUGGAAUUUGAGCUGGCUCUGCCACUGGAAUGACUCAGCUUUGGUGACGCCCUCGUCGAGGAUCUUCUGGAUGAUGUCGCGGCCGUGAGUGUCCAUCGUGAUCAAACACAUCACCUAGGAUGGUGAACAGACACAGUGAGACAGAGACAGAGACAGAUGGGAUGCGCACGAAUAGAGAGAAAGUUUGUUUGUAGGUAACCGAUUUACUCGUCCUGAGUUACCUACCUUUCUGCGCAUGGGUUUGGUGAGUUCUCCCUGGACCAUUUUGAUGAGCCCCGUGAGCUCCUCCACCUGUCGAUCGAAACACUUCUGGAUCGCCUGACGGCUACCUGCAUCCAAUGCACACACUCUCCCAGACACAUGCGUACGUGUGUGUGUACGGCUGUCUCUGCCCACCGGUGGAGUGCUUCUCGAAAGCCUCUUCAACGUAGUGCACCCAGGCGGACAUGUUGGUCAUGAGUGUGAUCUGUGCCACGGGGUCUUCGAGUAUCCAAGAGGUGCGGUCCUUGCCGCUCCAGUGGUCCUUGAUCGAGUCCUUGGCGUAGUGCUUGAGCGACGAACGCAUCAGGCCGAUGCAGUCGUCCAGGUACUUCUCAACCUUGCCCGUCAGCUGCAUCGGCUUCGGGAACUUGACGAACUCCUUGCCGACACACGUGUCCAUCCCUACAACACACAUACAACCCGCUUAUGGGCAUGGAUGGCUCGACUGUCUCUCUCUCUCUCUCUCUCUCUCUCUCGUGUACUGACCGAGUGCUGCUGGCCUGACUCCCUCCUCAGGUUUGUCCAGCUCGAGAGUCUCGAUGGCCUGGAAGACCUUGGGCAUGUGCACCAUCACCUUGGCCGGCGAGUUGCCGUUAGACAGGAUAUCGAGCAAAUCGGCCGUCGACACGAAGUAGAAUCUGGGGAACGCGCGUCGCUUGCUGUCCAUGAAGUCGUUGAGGGCCUUCUCGCACACUGUCAAAUCCUCCUGCACCGUCUCGAGUCGCUUGAAGAUGCCCUCCUCGUUGCAGAAGUCCUUGAUGGACUUGACCUCAGACCCCCGCUUCAGCAGCUCCUUGACGCUCACGUCGAUGCCCACAAAGCGCUCGCUCUCCUGCGGCAGCUCCCUCUUGACUUCUUCUGAGUGGAUGAACAAGUUCUCGAGGAAGGACCAUGACCGCUGCACCUCUGCCAGCAGCUGGGUGACCUCAGCCACGUUGGCCAGCGCCUUCUGCCAGUAGACCACCUCGGUCUCGAAGGUGGCCAGAAAGCGGGAGGCGAACAUGUUCUGCACUUGGACCUGGUUGUCUUCGAGCAUCUCGAAGCUCUCCUCGCCGAUCUUGAGAAUCUUGAUGUCCGUGUCUUUGUGCUGCGUCUCCUCAAACACAACCUGAACCAAAACAGGAAGGGAAGCCAGCUGGCCUUGCUCUGCUGCGGAUUGCGUGGUGUGUCUGUGCGUGUGCACAUACCGCGGCCCAGUUCUCUGUGAUCUUCUUGAGCGCCUUCUCCAUCUUGGCCUCCUGCUUGGCCUGGUCGGUGAUCUCUUCAACAGGCUCCUGGAACUUCCACAGCUCGAGGUUGUUGAUGUCCCGCAGCAGCAUGUCGUCCGUGACGGUCAUGGUCUUGCCCACCAGCUUCAUGAGGGCCGCCCAGUGCCGCUUGCGCAUGGCGGGGUCGCGCAGCUCGCCGAUGAGGGGCACCAGCACCAGCCACUUCUUGAUCAUGUCGAAGAUGCCGGCGUAGGCGUCGAUCUUCUUGUCCAUCUUGAUCUCCUUGAGCUUCUUCUGCAUGUUCUUGACCUCCUCCUCCAUCUCGGACGCCUGGAUCAUGCCCCAAGGUGUCUCAGUGAACUCCUCAAACUGCUGCAGACACUUCUCGAUAAACUGCCACAGUCGACGGCUCGUCUCAAGAUCGGCUCGCAUCUGCAUCACACACACACACACACAUGAAAGCAACGGAUACCCCCCAAUGCAGAAGUCGUCUGUGCGUGUUGUUUCGCUGACCCCUUGGAGAAUGCCCUCAGAGGCCUUGACCUCCUCGGGGUAGUCGAAACUUUGUGCCAGGUGGCUCAACUCCUGAACAGCACAGACAUGACAGACAGACAGACAGACAGACAAGCACUGAAUGUCGGUGUGGGUUGUGCCCAGCCCACCAUCCCCUCCACUGACCGCCAGGUGUGCGUCGUGGUCGUUGAGUGACUCCUCGAACUCGUCGAUUCGUUUGAGCGACCCCUCGACGCCCGUCUUGUAGAAGUAGAAGGACUCGGCCUUCAUCGACUGCUGGGUCUGCUGCAGCUCGGUCUGAAACUGUGCGAUCUUCUGACGCGUCUUCUCCGCCUCCUGAGCCACGUUGGACGCUAUCUCCUUCUCACGCUUCUUGGCCGAACCCCUGCAUGAAACAAGAAGCGGGUCUGUCGUCAGUCCUCUCCCUCUCUCUGUGUGUGUUACUUGAGGCUUUCGAUCUUCUCUGAGAGCGCCGUCACCUUCUUGAGGUUGCUGUCGGCGGGGAGGCCCUCCUUGUCAAGCUCAUGCAGUGUCUCCUCCAGCACGUCCAGCUCAGUCCUGAGCGCGUCGGCCUGCUUCUCCAUUUCACGGAUGUGCGACCGCACCUUGAUGAGGUUCUUGGUGUCGCCCUCCUUGACAGAGGCCUUGAUGCCCGCCUCAGUGCUCUUCUGGAAGGUGUCCAGCUCACCAAGCGCCUUGGCCACGAAGGCGCCCACCACAGGGCCGGCCAUCUCGUUGGCUCUGUUCUUGGCCUUCUCCACGAAGGUGGCCUCGAAAGGCGAGCCGCGGAUGGCUCUGAGCUUCUCUUCCUCGUCAACGUAGAAGACCUUUAUCGUCACCUCGCCCGCUGCGGGGGCCGUGUAUCUGACAAUGUACUUGCCGGUGUCUGGGUCCUCGAACUUGUGCUCCAGAUUCUGAGCCUGCAUGAAUGAAUGUCACAGAUGAUUCAUGUGUGGAUUGGAUGUGUGUGGACGUGACGUCUCAUGUGGUGGGCUGGUUAGGAACGCACCUCGUCCUGGUCUGGCAGCUUCUGCGUAAUGCGGACAGUGAACUUGUCGCCGCCCGACUUUCUGUUCUCACCCUUCUCGUUCCGCGCCUGGAUAACAAACAUGGUCUCGACGCCCAUUUGAAGCUCCUGCGAGAGCCGUCAUCAAUCGUGGCAAAAGACACCAGCAGCCAUGGUCAUGUGCAUGUGCACCUACGUGUCAGUCUCACCUCGAGCAAGCCAGGUCCGAAAGCGAGUGACUUCUCGGCCACGGUGUUCAUGAAGUAGUCGAAGGUCGUGAAGGUUGUGGUGAAGUCCUUGUUGCCUAUCUGCACGCGGACCUCGCACGUCUUGUGGCCUACAUCAACAGGCGGCAAAGGCGUGUCGCCCUCACGCUCAUGUGGCCAGCCAGCCUACCGAUGGUGUGUUUGACGUUCGGCGUCUCGCAUGUGAUUUCCUUUGACGACACGAAGGUGGCCGGCACGUCGAUGGUGUGCUUGUGGUGGAUGAAGCGCACCACUAUAACGCCAUCAAUGAAACCAAUGCCCUCAAUCGUCACCUUCGUCAUGCCUACACAGGCGAAUGUGUGUGCACUCACACACAUAUGCAUGUAAGAGCAUCGGGUUUGCUGACCUGUUACCGGCCCCAGUGCAGGCUUGAUGGAUGUGACAGCAUAGGGAGGCCCGACAAUCGCACCCACGUUCAACGCCCACGCAUCAUCAAGCCACUUGUUAGCCCUGAAAGAAAAAAGAAAAGAGGCCCGCAGCUCAGUCAGACACUCUCUUUCAGUGACUGACCAUCCUCCAAAAACGACAAUUUUGCUUUCGUCCGGCUCAUAGCAAAUGGCGGCAUGCUCCCUCUGGCCGGGCAGGAUGAUGUUGUCCUGCUGCUGCAGCUGCGCCCCUGCCUGAGACAUGACGCUUGACCUGGCACCCGAAGUGGACUGCAGGUCCAUGCCGCUCUCGCGGCGCUUGGGCCCCUUGGGGUCUUCCAGCUGAGGAUCAGACCAGUUGAAUUGCUCACCUGUGCAGAGACAGAGGAACUGUGCAAUUUCAGACCUUUUGUCUCAUCCAUAAUGCGUGGUUCUAUACAUACCGAGGUCGAGUACGCCAGUGUUGUUCUCAUAGCUGCCGAAGUUUCUCUGCGCGCCGUCCUGGAACUCGCCGGUCGAUCCGCCGAAAACAAAGACCUUCCAAGAGGGGAUGGCUUCGAUCAGCAUGUAGCUCAUGUUCCAUCGAGGCGGCGAAGUGCCCCAGGGCAAAUCGACGUCAGACCUGACCACAACAGAUGAAGGGACACGAUGCACAGCGCCUUUCGUUGUGUUGUCGACGUACCAGUCCUUCUCCUUGAGAUCAAGCACAAACAGGUCGUUGAACUGCGACUCGGUGUUCCAUCCGCCAAAGAGAUAGAGCUUGUCAUCCUUGAUAAAAGACACGUGACCAGCCCUGCGGGACACAAACAGCACAUCACGCCACCUCUUUGUCUGCAGACGCACCCUCCCAUUUACCUGGGUGGCGGGGGGUUGCCAGUGCACUGCAACUCCUCCCAUGUGUCAUCCUUCAUGUCCUGUGCGCACACACGCACACGCACACACACACAAAGCAGAGCAGAGCAGAGCAAAGCAAAGCAAAUGAUCCACCCACAUCAGAGGCGCACUGCACUGACCAGCACGAACACGUCAUUGAACGACUUUCUGGAAUAGCCCCGGCCGCCAUGGCCGCCAAACACCACCAACCGGUCGACAGCAUUGGACUUGGCCCCGUUCUCGUCUGUGCCGCUGUGCUUCCACAGGGUGCAGGUGUGGUUGUAUCUGGGCGCAGGCACGUCGAGCAGUGGCUGUCCGUCGGGGCCCAUCUCUCCGUCGUUUGGCAUGAUCAGGUUGACAAUGUCGCUGUGGAACUGCUCUUGUUCGUUCAUGAACAUGGUGCCGGACCGCUGUGAGACCGAUCCGGCUUUUCUCAGCCUGAGAGAGAUGCACACAGACAGGCACGCACAUAUGCUCAGGGUGUUGUAAUGACCUCUGACUGUCCAGUUUGUUACUUUGCCUUUUCCGAUGAUCGCUUGCUGCCUUUUUUGCCGCCCAUCGGGAUGUUCUUGGCGGCAGCCAUGGCCUUCCUGGCACACAAACGAAUGAACACAUCCCACGUCCAUGCCUCCAUGGAGAGCUCCGUGAUGCUCUAGAGGAAGCGGCCACAUACAUGCGGAGCGACGGCGCAAGUCCAUCUCCCGUGCCCUGUCUUUUGAAGCCGGCCGACCCCUGUCUCGAGAAGGAGUGGCUCUGGGAGCCCUGCUGCUGCUUCGCGUGGGCACCUGCGCGCCACUGAAGCCUCUUAAACUCAAUCUGACUGCCUACACACACGUACACACACACAUACACACAAACGACGAAGAAGUGAUCCCAGUUGUCAUGCGCUCCUUCCUUUUGAUCUUGCCUGAAGCGUCGAGGAUGUAUCCGUCGUUCAUGCAGUGGAAGGGCGUGCAGCUCUGCAGCCCGCCAAAGAUGAGAAUCUUGUCUCCGCACGACAGCAGAGUGGCCGUGUGCAGCGUGCGGGCCGACGGCUUGGCGUUGUUCUCCGGCACCUCCAGCACCUCCCAGUCAAACCCAGCUGACCACAACACAAAACCCAGCACAACACAGCCAAACACAAUCCUCUGCCACACAGCGGCCAUGGCACCCACCUCCCUGCGAGAGAUUGAGCCGGUAGAUGUCAUUAUUGGGUAUGGGCGCGCCACGUGCGUCGGUGCGUCCGUCCAUUCCACCAAAAGCAACGAAUCCGCCGGGGAUUGGCGACAGGGUGUGGCCCGACCGGCCGCUCACCUGCACCGCACCCUUGUUCUGCAACUUGGUCCAGCAAUACGGCUGCGGCUGACACACACAAACACAACAGCAGCACAAGCGCAGGAAACCAGGUGUGAGCGCACACUCCGCGCGUGUCUCUACGCAUCCCCUGCUCCUUCGUUGGUUCAUUUGACCGCGGAGGGAGAACACGAUGAUCUCCCUCUCGCUCUGUGUCGCCUUUCUUACCAU